GCCUUCCCUCUCCUCGCAGGGCGGUGGUGCGCGAUCUCUCCCGUGUGCUGACGCUGCUCAACCGGCGCGAGGAGCACAUCGUCACGGUUCCCGGGGACUGGAGGCGGCUGCUGUCAUGGGCCGCGAGGGUGCUGGCUCGAUACAAGCGGCAGAAGGCAGCUAAGGAGGCGGGAGACAUCACAACGCUCGAGCCCCUGGCCACCGGAACCUUGUACCAGACCCGACGUCAGGCCCAGGCGGAGAGGUGUCGCUUGGUGGCGCAGGGGGGGCAGUGCUCAGCCCCCUACCAGGAUCCCCCCACGCCUAGAGUCACUGAGGUCCAUCCCCCUGCGUAUAGAGAAGCAACUCCAUGCAGCCAGCUUAGCUCUCGCUCGGCAUCGCUGAUGAGUCUGACCCACAUCCUCGAGGAAGAGGAGGAAUACGAAGCGGCAGAUAACCAUGACGAUGUUUUGUUCUCGGAGAACGAGGAGCAAGAGCAGGAGGACGUGAACUUAACCCCUAGCGGGAAGGACGACCUUACUGUUGCCGACAAGGGCCUGGAGAAGCAGGACUCAUCCGAAGCGGAUUGUGGCGUCGUCAACGAGAAACUGCUAACGGAAUCGAAGUUCGUGAAGGAAAACAACAACAACAUCGCAAAAAAUCUCAGCGACCUUACCAACAACAUUGUCAACAUUGAGAACUUCCGACCUCCUUCCAACGUCUCAGAAAACAUAAACAAUCUCAAGAACCUCGAGCACCUGCGCGAGAUGGGACCCGUGUUCAUCCAGACCAAAGAAAACAUCGCUCAGGACCAAGAGAAGAAACAUGCCUUUAACAACGAAAUCCUCACGAAGGAAAACAUCGCGCCAACACAUAAGGCUAUUACUGACCUCCAGACGCUCUACAAAGAGAAGAUCAACACCACCUUGGCAGGCGAGGACGUGUACAUCAACGUCAUCAGGAAGCCUGUGGUGACGGGUCUCCUCCUCGGCGGCGACCCCUACCGAGACGACACCAUCGAGAGCGCCGAGGAGCGCGCGCCGAGGCUGCACGUGCCGAGAAGCGUUCCGCCGCGCUCGUGCAAGAUCCAGAUGAACCGCCGGCUGCCGCCCCCGAAGUGCGAGCUGACGACUGAGUUGUAAAGGAAAAGAGGGAAAUGGGCGUUUGGCUCAGAUUCGAGUGACUGAAAUGGAAUCUCGCGAGAUUUUAGAUAUAAGUACUCUGAUGUCAGUGACUUGACUCUUUAACUAUAACAAUACAUUUCCAGUACAAACUGUGCGUCACGGGCUACAGCUCAAUUUUAUUGAUAAUCCAUUCUUUUGUGGAAACCGCUGAUUUGUAAAAAACAAGAGUUAUACUUCUCUAUGUAAAUAACUGCUAUUUCUAAUGUUUAGUAGAAUCCCUUUAACAACAGCCCUGUAAAGCUACUUAUAAGAACUAAUAUUGUUUUACAUAUUGAUUAUCAGUGUGUGGCGACGCCACGUUUUUCAUUAUAGAUUAAGUAUUGUCACAGUUAUUUCAUUUUGAAUUUUAGGCUGAGGCAUGUUUAUUUUUAUACGAUAUAAUUCAUGAUUUUCGCAUAGAACGUCAACGAUUCUGUUGUGUCUUCUGAUGUUCAUGUUCACUGAAUGCUACUUUUUCUUGUUUCUAAACUGUUACAACAUACAAAUCAAUAGAUGAAUAAGAAAGUGUAUAU